GUAAGGGGUGUCCCAGUCCAUACUGGAAAGGGAUAGGGACUCCCAGUGUGGACUGGGAAGGGGCUGGGGGCUUCGUUGCAGUGUGGGAAGCGGAGGUGCCCAGCUGCCUGGGUCCCCAGCUUGGGCGGGAGAGGGGAGGGUCAGUACUGGCAUUGUCCCAGUGGCCCCAAGUCCCUCCCAGUAUCCCCAGUUUCUGUCCCAUUGCUGCCUUGUUGACUGAGGCUGCUUCCAGUCCCCCCAUCCCUCCCCAUCACCCCAGUUCCCCUCCUGGUCCCUCUCAGUUACCCCAAUCUCCUCCCAACUCCUCCCAGUUCCCCCCCCAGUGCCUUCCAUCUCCUCCCAGUAUCCCCAGUUUCAACCACGCCGCUGCCUGUGUUUGCAGAGAGGCUGCUCCCAGUCUCUCCCAGGGCCCCCCCCAUCCUUCGCAGCCCCUCCCAGUUCCCCCAGUUCCCCUUCCCAGUUCCUCCCAGCCCGGAGGUGACGUCUCUGCCACUGCAGGGCCCUGGGUGCUUCCGGGCGGAAGCGACCUCUGCGAGGGACCCGGGUGUUCAGGGGGGCCCCAGGCAUUUGGGGGGGGGCCCCAGGCGUCGGAGGGGGGGGGAACUGGGGAGGCUUCAAGGGGAUGAGCCGAGGGAGCCGGGGUGGGGCCCCGGGGGGCGACAACGUCCCCUCGGGGCUGCUGCAGCAGCAGGAAAACCUGCAGCUCUUUGAGCUCCUGGGCCGGAAAUGUGUGACGCUGGCGACGGCCGUGGUGCAGCUGGUGGUGGCGGAGCCGGGGCGCGGCUGGGCCAAGCGGGGCUGCGGCGUCGCCUGCCUGGUGCGGGACAGCCCCCGCCGCUCCUACUUCAUCCGCCUCUACGGCCUGGCCGCCGGGAGCCUGCAGUGGGAGCAGGAGCUGCACGGGGAGAUGGGCUACGCUGCCCCCACCCCAUUCUUCCACACCUUCGUCUCCCAUGAGGGCCAGGCGGGGCUGAACUUCGCAGAUGACGGGGAGGCGGCCGCCUUCGAGGGGGUGGUCCAGGAUCGGCUGCGCCGGCGCCAGCAGCGGGCGGAAAAGCGGCAGCUCCCACCCCCACCGCCCCCCGGCGAUGAGCGUCGCGGGAGCCUGCCCCGCGCCCCCACGGCCUCCGCCGACAGCAGUGCCCCCCCACUCCCGGCUGUGCCCAUCGCCAACCCCGACAUCACGGCAUCCCGCUACCGGGGGCUGCCCAGCCCCACAGGACCCACGGCAGGACCCGCAGCAAGCCCCACAGCCGGGGAGCAGAAGAAGGGCCGCAAAAAGAUCUCCAAGGCUGACAUCGGGGCCCCCUCUGGCUUCAAACACGUUGGUCACAUCGGCUGGGACCCCAACAACGGCUUUGACGUGGCGGCGCUGGACCCAGCCCUGCGGGCGCUCUUCGCCCGGGCCGGCAUCAGCGAGGCGCAGCUGGCCGACGCCGAGACCUCCCGCAUCAUCCACGACUUCAUCCAGGGCCAGGGGGGGCUGCAGGCCGUGCGGGAGGAGAUGCGCCGGCAGGGACCCCUCCCCCGCCGGGCCGGGGGGGGCACCCCGCCACCCCCUGCCGGGCCCCCCCGCAGCCGCUCGGGGCCGCUGCCCCCUCCUCCACCUCCCGCGGGUCCCCCGCCCCCACCCCGCCCCCCCUCCACCGCCCCGCCCUCCCGCCCCCCUCGCCCCGCCCCCCUCCCGCGGCCCCGCCCCUCCGGGGGCCGCCACCCCCCGCCCCGCCCCCUCCCCCCCCCGCCCCCACCCCCGCCUCCCCCCGGUGGCGGCGGCAGCGCCGCUCCUCCCCCCGCGCCCCCCCCGGCCCGGGGGGCGCUGCUGGACCAGAUCCGCCAGGGCGUGACCCUCAACAAGACCCCCGAGGUCCCCGAGGGCGGCGGCGGCGGCGGCCAGAGCGCGGGGGGGCUGGUGGGGGCCCUCAUGGACGUCAUGCAGAAACGCAGCAAAGUCAUCCACUCCUCCGACGAGGGCGAGGACGGCGAGGAGGAGGAGGAGGACGACGAGUGGGACGACUGAGCCCCCCCUCCCCGCCCGGCUCCAGGAGGGGAGCUCCGGCCCCCUCCUGCCCCCCCCCCCCCCCAGCAAAAACCAAAUAAAGGCGACAAGGCGUUAAUUGAUUAA